AGGGACCCCGGUGCUCCCAGAGACCAUGCAGAGGUCGCCUCUGGAAAAGGCCAGCGUCUUCUCCCAACUUUUUUUCAGCUGGACCAGACCAAUUUUGAGGAAAGGGUACAGACAGCGCCUGGAAUUGUCAGACAUAUACCAUAUCUCUUCUUCUGAUUCUGCUGACAAUCUAUCUGAAAAAUUGGAAAGAGAAUGGGAUAGAGAACUGGCCUCAAAGAAAAAUCCCAAACUCAUUAAUGCCCUUCGGCGAUGCUUUUUCUGGAGAUUUAUGUUCUAUGGAAUCAUAUUAUAUUUAGGGGAAGUCACCAAAGCAGUACAGCCUCUCUUACUGGGAAGAAUCAUUGCUUCCUAUGAUCCAGAUAACAAGGUAGAACGCGCCAUUGCGAUUUACCUAGGCAUAGGCUUAUGCCUUCUCUUUAUCGUGAGGAUGCUGCUCCUUCACCCAGCCAUUUUUGGCCUCCAUCGCAUUGGAAUGCAGAUGAGAAUAGCUAUGUUUAGUUUGAUUUAUAAGAAGACUUUGAAGCUGUCAAGCCGUGUUCUAGAUAAAAUAAGUAUUGGACAACUUGUUAGUCUCCUUUCCAACAACCUGAACAAAUUUGAUGAAGGGCUUGCACUGGCACAUUUCGUGUGGAUUGCUCCUUUGCAAGUGACGCUGCUGAUGGGGCUGCUCUGGGAGUUGUUACAGGCCUGCGCCUUCUGUGGACUUGCUUUUCUCAUAGUCCUUGCCCUUUUUCAAGCCGGAUUAGGGAAAAUGAUGAUGAAGUACAGAGAUCAGAGAGCUGGAAAGAUUAAUGAAAGACUGGUGAUCACGUCAGAAAUGAUUGAAAAUAUCCAGUCGGUUAAGGCCUACUGCUGGGAAGAAGCAAUGGAAAAAAUAAUUGAAAACCUAAGACAAACAGAACUGAAACUGACCCGGAAGGCAGCCUAUGUGAGAUACUUCAAUAGCUCAGCCUUCUUCUUCUCAGGGUUCUUUGUAGUGUUUUUAUCUGUGUUUCCUUAUGCACUGCUUAAUGGAAUCGGCCUUCGAAAAAUAUUCACAACCAUCUCAUUCUGCAUCGUUCUGCGCAUGGCAGUCACUCGGCAGUUCCCCUGGGCUGUACAAACUUGGUAUGAUUCUCUUGGAGCAAUAAACAAAAUACAGGAUUUCUUACAAAAGCAAGAGUAUAAGACACUGGAAUAUAACUUAACAACUACAGAAGUAGUGAUGGAGAAUGUAACAGCCUUCUGGGAGGAGGGAUUUGGGAAAUUAUUUGAGAAAGCAAAACAAAAUAAUAACAAUAGAAAAAUUUCCAAUGGUGAUAACAGCCUCUUCUUCAGUAACUUCUCACUUCUCGGUGCUCCUGUCCUGAAAGAUAUCAGUUUCAAUAUAGAAAGAGGACAGUUGUUGGCCGUCGCUGGAUCUACUGGAGCAGGCAAGACUUCACUUCUCAUGAUGAUUAUGGGAGAACUAGAGCCUUCAGAGGGUAAAAUUAAGCACAGUGGAAGAAUUUCAUUCUGCUCUCAGUUUUCCUGGAUCAUGCCUGGCACCAUUAAAGAUAACAUCAUCUUUGGUGUUUCCUAUGAUGAGUAUAGAUAUAGGAGUGUCAUCAAAGCAUGCCAACUAGAAGAGGACAUCUCCAAAUUUGCAGAGAAAGACAACAUAGUUCUUGGAGAUGGUGGAAUCACAUUGAGUGGAGGUCAGCAAGCAAGAAUUUCUUUAGCAAGAGCAGUAUACAGAGAUGCUGAUUUGUACCUAUUAGACUCUCCCUUUGGAUACCUAGAUGUGUUAACAGAGAAAGAAAUAUUUGAAAGCUGUGUCUGUAAAUUGAUGGCUAACAAAACUAGGAUUUUGGUCACUUCUAAAAUGGAACAUUUAAAGAAAGCUGACAAAAUAUUAAUUUUACAUGAAGGUAGCAGCUAUUUUUAUGGGACAUUUUCUGAAUUACAAAAUCAGCGGCCCGACUUCAGCUCAAAGCUCAUGGGAUAUGACACUUUUGACCAGUUUACUGCAGAACGAAGAAAUUCAAUCAUAACUGAGACUUUACGGCGUUUCUCACUAGAAGGAGAUACUUCUGUGUCCUGGAAUGAAACGAAAAAGCAAUCUUUUAAACAGACUGGAGAGUUUGGUGAAAAAAGGAAGAACUCCAUUCUCAAUUCAAUCAGCUCUGUGAGGAAAUUUUCAUUUGUACAGAAGACUCCAUUACAAAUGAAUGGCAUCGAAGACGAUUCUGUUGAGCCUUUAGAGAGAAGACUAUCCUUAGUUUCUGGUUCUGAACUGGGAGAGGCUAUCCUGCCUCGGAGCAACAUGAUCGAUGCUGGUCCCACAUUUCAGGGACGAAGGAGGCAGUCAGUCCUGAACCUUAUGACCUGCUCCUCGGUGAACCAAGGUCAAAGCAUUCACCGAAAGACAGCAACAUCCACACGAAAAAUGUCACUGGCCCCUCAGGCGAGCUUAACUGAAAUAGAUAUAUAUUCAAGACGGUUAUCUCAAGAUACUGGCUUGGAAAUAAGUGAAGAAAUUAAUGAAGAAGAUUUAAGGGAGUGCUUUUUUGAUGAUGUGGAGAACAUACCAGCAGUGACUACAUGGAACACAUACCUUCGAUAUAUUACUGUCCGCAAGAGCUUAAUUUUUGUGCUAAUUUGGUGCUUAGUCAUUUUUCUGGCUGAGGUGGCUGCUUCUUUGGUUGUGUUGUGGCUGCUUCCAAAAACACUUCCUCAAGACAAAGGGAAUAGUACUAAGAGUGCAAAUAACAGUUAUGCAGUGAUCGUCACCAGCACCAGCUCGUAUUAUGUUUUUUACAUUUAUGUGGGAGUAGCUGACACUUUGCUUGCUCUGGGACUCUUCAGAGGUUUACCACUGGUGCAUACUCUAAUCAGAGUGUCAAAAAUACUACACCACAAAAUGUUACAGUCUGUUCUUCAAGCCCCUAUGUCAACCCUCAACACGUUGAAAGCAGGUGGGAUUCUUAAUAGAUUCUCCAAAGAUAUAGCAGUUUUGGAUGAUCUUCUGCCUCUUACCAUAUUUGACUUCAUUCAGUUGUUAUUAAUUGUGAUUGGGGCUGUGGUGGUAGUCUCAGUUUUACAACCCUACAUCUUCCUAGCUACAGUGCCAGUGAUAGCGGCUUUUAUUCUAUUGAGAGCCUACUUCCUCUGCACCUCACAGCAACUCAAACAGCUGGAAUCUGAAGGCAGAAGUCCAAUUUUCACUCAUCUUGUUACGAGCUUAAAAGGACUAUGGACACUUCGUGCCUUUGGACGGCAGCCUUACUUUGAAACCUUGUUCCACAAAGCUCUGAAUUUACAUACUGCCAACUGGUUCUUGUAUCUAUCAACACUGCGCUGGUUCCAAAUGAGAAUAGAAAUGAUUUUUGUCCUCUUCUUCAUUGCUGUUACCUUCAUUUCCAUUUUAACAACAGGUGAAGGAGAAGGAAGCGCUGGGAUUAUUCUAACUUUAGCCAUGAAUAUCAUGGGUACACUACAGUGGGCCGUAAACUCUAGCAUAGAUGUGGAUAGCUUGAUGCGAUCUGUGAGCCGAGUCUUUAAGUUUAUUGAUAUGCCAGCAGAAGAUGGUAAACCUAACAAGUCACUGAAACCAUCCAAGGAUGGCCAGCUCUCAAAAGUUAUGAUUAUCGAGAAUCAUAAUGUGAAGAAAGAUGACAUCUGGCCCUCAGGGGGCCAAAUGACUGUGAAAGACCUCACAGCGAAGUAUAUAGACGGUGGGAAUGCCAUAUUAGAGAACAUUUCCUUCUCAAUAAGUCCUGGCCAGAGGGUGGGCCUCUUGGGAAGAACUGGAUCAGGGAAGAGCACUUUGUUACUGGCUUUUUUGAGACUGCUGAACACCAAAGGAGAAAUCCAGAUAGAUGGUGUGUCUUGGGAUUCAGUAACUUUGCAACAGUGGAGGAAAGCCUUUGGAGUCCUACCACAGAAAGUAUUCAUCUUUUAUGGAACAUUUAGAAAAAACCUGGAUCCUUAUGGGCAGUGGAGUGAUCAAGAAAUAUGGAGAGUUGCUGAUGAGGUUGGACUCAGAUCUGUGAUAGAGCAGUUUCCUGGGAAGCUUGAUUUUGUCCUUGUGGAUGGGGGUUGUGUCCUAAGCCACGGCCACAAGCAGCUGAUGUGCUUGGCCAGAUCCGUUCUCAGUAAAGCAAAGAUCUUGCUGCUUGAUGAACCCAGUGCUCAUUUGGAUCCAAUAACAUACCAAAUCAUUCGAAGAACCCUAAAACAAGCAUUUGCUGAUUGCACAGUAAUCCUCUCUGAACACAGGAUAGAGGCAAUGUUGGAAUGUCAACGAUUUUUGGUCAUAGAGGAGAACAGAGUGCGGCAGUACGACUCCAUCCAGAGGCUGCUGAGCGAGAAGAGCCUCUUCCGGCAGGCGAUCAGCCCCGCAGUCCGCUUGAAGCUCUUCCCCCACCGGAACUCGAGCAAGCAGAGGUCUCGGUCCAAAAUCGCUGCCCUGAAGGAGGAGACGGAAGAAGAGGUACAAGAAACAAGGCUUUAGAGAGCAGAACAAAGGUUUGCCUGGGACAUUCACGCGUGGAGUUGAAGAAAAGAAAAAAAAAGAGUUUCUGCCUCAGAAA